AGGCCUUCGAGCUCUUCGACAGGGUCGGCGACGGCAAGAUCCAGCUGAGCCAGUGCGGGGAAGUGAUCCGGGCGCUGGGCCAGAACCCCACCAAUGCCGAGAUCUCCCGGGUGCUGGGCCACCCGCGGCCCGAUGAGCUGAUGUCGCGGCGGGUGGAGUUCGAGGAGUUCCUGCCCAUGCUGCAGGCCAUCGCCAAGACCAAGGACCAGGGCACCUACGAGGACUACGUGGAGGGGCUGCGCGUCUUCGACAAGGAGGGCAACGGCACCGUCAUGGGCGCCGAGCUGCGCCACGUGCUCUCCACGCUGGGCGAGAGGCUGACAGAGGAGGAGGUGAACGCGCUGCUGACGGGGCAGGAGGACGCCAACGGCUGCAUCAACUAUGAGGCCUUCGUCAAGCACAUCCUGUCGACCUGAGCCGGCCCCUGGGCCUGGAGCAGCGACGCUGGCAGCUGGGUCCCGUGACACCCCCGGCCCCCGCAGCCCCCCAACCCUGCACAAUAAACUUCUGCUCUCA